UGUCAGAAACACUACUAGACGUAGUUAGCUCUGAGUCUGAGCUCCCCACUUCUUUUAUCAUGUGUAGCAAAAUGGUGCCUUUGACGUGGCUUAUUGUUAUAUUCUCUGCAACUCUUUUAUGCAACAAUUUAGCAGAAUUAACAUCACCUUCAUCUGGAACUCAUAAAAUCACACGUUUACCUGGCCAACCUCAUGUUAAUUUCCAGCAAUUUGCUGGUUAUAUUACUAUUGAUGAAAUUCAAAAAAGAUAUCUUUUUUACUAUUUUGUUGAAGCUGAAAUUAACCCUUCUUCUAAACCCCUUGUUCUUUGGCUCAAUGGAGGGCCUGGUUGUUCAUCUCUUGGAGCAGGAGCCUUCAGUGAACAUGGACCUUUUCGACCAAGUGAAAAUGGAAAUGUACUUGUGAAAAAUGAUUAUAGCUGGAAUAAAGAAGCAAACAUGUUAUAUCUUGAAUCACCAGCAGGAGUUGGGUUUUCUUAUUCUGUUAAUACAUCAUUUUAUGAUGGUGUCAAUGAUGAGAUUACAGCAAGAGAAAAUCUGGUAUUUCUUCAGAAUUGGCUUGCAAAAUUUCCAGAAUACAAGAAUAGGGAUCUUUUCGUUACUGGAGAGAGUUAUGGAGGGCAUUAUGUACCACAACUUGCUAAUCUCAUACUAAAAUCAAGUCUCAAGACAAAUUUGAAGGGAGUUGCUGUAGGAAAUCCACUGCUGGAGUUCAACACUGACUUCAAUUCAAGAACAGAUUAUCUUUGGUCUCAUGGACUAAUAUCAGAUGCAACUUAUGAACUCUCCCAAAAAAUCUGCAAUGUUUCACAAAUUCAAAGACAAUCACUAAAAGGAUUGCUCUCCUCUCCUUGUGCGCUAGUGAAUUCGCAUAUGUCUAAUGAGAUUGGCAAGUUUAUCGACUUCUACGAUGUUACACUCGACGUUUGUUAUCAUUCAGUUGUGAAGCAAGCUCAUGUUCUUAAUAAUCUUAACCAAAUGGAUGUGCAGAAAAUUGAUGUUUGUAUAGAUGAUGAAGCAACCAUAUACCUGAACAGAAAAGAUGUACAAAAGGCUAUGAAUGCACACCUUGUUGGGGUUACUCAAUGGGCUGUUUGUAACGACGUGUUGAACUAUCGCAAAGACGAUGUGGAGAUUCCUACUCUUCCAUUACUUGGCACCUUCGUAAAAAGUGGCGUUCGAGUUCUGGUUUAUAGCGGUGACCAAGAUUCAGCAAUACCCCUAACCGGAAGUAGGAGGAUGGUAGAUGGUCUAGCCAAGGAACUGGGACUCAAGACCUGUAUGUCGUACAGAACCUGGUUGUCUGAUAAACAGGUUGGUGGAUGGACACAGGUAUAUGGUGACAUACUUGCAUUUGCAACUAUAAGAGGAGCAGCCCAUGAAGCUCCAUAUUCACAACCUGCACGUUCUCUCGUGCUUUUUCGCUCUUUCUUGAACGGUUACACAUCCAGAUGUGAUGUCAAUUGCUCGAUGAUUUCAUAGAUUCUUCCAAAGACAGAAUUUCCAUCAGAAAUUAAACUACUGUUUUACUUACUAUCUACAUGAUGAUAUAGGAGUACUGUUGGGAAAAUAUGCUUCGGAGCUAGUGGUUUUGUACGUUUAGGAAGUUAUUAUCAGAGUAACUUAGGAUGUUUGGAAUAACCCCAAGUUGGUGGGUUGUUGUUGUGUUGUUAGUGGAUAUCA